AUGAAGGCAUCGCGACUGUUGUUGGCCGUGCUCACCGUCGUGGUGGGGCUGGCCGCAUUCGGCGCCUCGGCUGCCAUCGAGAGUAGCCUGUCCGCCAAGGGCAAGCACUUCGAUCGCGUCUUCAUCAUCAUCCUCGAGAACCAGCCCUACGUUGACGUGAUCAGGAACGACCUCUUCAAGAAGCUCGCGGAGCGCGGCACCCUCCUGACCAACUACAGGGCCGUCGCCCACCCCUCCCAGCCUAACUACCUCGCCAUCACGUCGGGCAACGACUGGGGCGUGAAUGACGGGCCGGUCAACAUCAACACGCGCAACAUCGUGGACCUCCUCGAGGCCAAGGGUCUCUCGUGGAAGGCCUACGCCGAGGACUACCCGACCCCGGGCAGCUCCCAGUGCUUCACCAACGAGAGCGCGGGCGGCCUCUACUACCGCAAGCACGUGCCCUUCGUGUCCUACGACAACGUCCGGACCAACGCGGCGCGUUGCCAGAAGAUCGUGGACGGGAAGCAGCUCGAUGUCGACAUCAAGAACAACGCCGUGCCCCACUUUUCCUUCUACACCCCCAACAUCAACAACGACGGUCACAACACGGGUCUCGGGUAUGCGGCCAAGUGGAUCACGACCUUCCUGGGUCCGCGCCUGCACGAGAACAACUUCGUGGAGGGCACCCUCUUCGUGGUGACCUUCGACGAGGACGACUACUCCCACGACAACCACAUCUACACCCUCCUCCUCGGCCCCAUGGUGGACCCCAACGCCUACGACAGCACGCACUACGACCACUACUCGCUCCUGCGCACCAUCGAGAGCAACUGGGAGCUGGGCAACCUGGGUCGCAACGACACCAAGGGCAACACCUUCGACAACGCCCUCACCCACUCCACCGCCUUCUGA